UUGUCCACAUCCCUAGUUCUGCGUUUGAUUUCUGGUUUAAUUUGCACGUUCGCAUAAUAUUAUUACGCGAACGUAAUAAAUAAAACAUAAAAUAAAUGCAACAAUAAAACCCGCAAAUCGAAAAUAACUUUGGAAAACUAUUCGGAUUAGAGUAAACUGUAUGUAAAAGAUACCUUCUCUGUAGAUAAAUCUCCAAGAAGUUUGAAUGAUGGACGUAAGCGGUGUUAACGUAGUGUUUACCAAACAAGAAAUUGAUUUAAAAACACAAUGUCGAACGUGUCUAAGCGCUGGCAGAAAAUUAUUUCAACUAAGAGAAUAUUUGAAUAUUUUUAAAACAAUAACAUCGCAAUUCCGUAUAGAUGAUAAGAAUGUAUUGGAUACAUUUGAAGUGUGUUGGGAAUGCCAUGCAUUUUUACGGAGAGCAUCCAUGUUCCAAAUUCAAGUUUUGAAAGCUAAUGUAUUGUUACAACAUGGACAGACCUACCCUUGUGGUUCCCUAUCAACCCUCUCAACAACCAUACUUAGUGACACAACACACAUAAUAUACAUAAACGAAUCAGUACCAAAAGCGGACUCCGAAUGCAGCGACCGUUUAGACUUCACUCCAUUAAUAACUGAAAAAGAAAUAAAGCCAGAAUAUGAUAUCAAAAAGAGCAAUCGUUGGGCACAAGAGAAACAAAUACAAAACAAAAAACCCAAGUUUAAAAUUGUGAAUGAUUGCAAUGAAAUCUUUAAAAGGAUUACUUUAAGUGAAAAGGAUCUGUCCUCAUUCAUAGAUGGCGUUAGUGGGUUUAAUAACUGUAAAUCUAAGUAUAAGUGUAACAGUUGUGAGUUAACAUUUAAAGAUAAAAAAAUGCUGGUGAAUCAUACAAUGGAGUAUCACAAAAACACAAACAAAUAUAUCUGCGACAUAUGCAAUUCAACAUUUGUUAAUAAGCGCCAUCUGUCGACGCACGUGCGUGAACAUUACAACAUUUACGAAUGUACCCUCUGCGCGCACAGAUGCGGAAGUAAGGAAAGAAGCCGCCAUUUCAAAAACGAUCAUAGGACUGUGUUUCAGUGUUUGAAAUGCAAAUUGAUGUUUUGCCGUCGCCGUGAAUUUUUCAAGCAUUUCAAACAGUGGCAUGAGAAUUUUAUCUGUGAUCACUGCGGGAUCAGUUUCAAAAUGAGAUACUGCAUUAAGGACCAUAUUAGAAAACAACACUCCACCUUUGAAUGUAAGCCGUGUAAUAAAACCUUCGCGCGAUACAACGGUCUGUGGCUUCAUAAUAAGCUUCGGCACGCGCCGCCCGGACAGACGGCGUACUGCGUAGAGUGCGACAAAAGAUACGUAGAUAUAUACAGAUACAGAUGGCAUCUCGCGAACAGCGCUCGACACAAACCUAGGAAGAGGUUGAGGAUCCCCUGCCCAGGCUGUGAUAAAGUGUUCUCAAAGAAUAUUUACAUGAAGGAUCACUACAAUUUGGUGCAUUUGAAGUAUUACAAAUAUAGAUGCGAAGAGUGUGACAAGAAUUUUAUAAGGAACGCUGAUCUGCUGAAACACAAAAAGCGUGUGCACGAGGGCAUACUGCCGCCAAAGAACAAGAUCUGUGAUGUGUGUGGGCGAGGGUUUACGACAAACAAGAUUCUAACAAACCACAUCCGAACGCAUACGGGUGAGCGUCCUUACGUGUGCACUACUUGCCCGGCUAAGUUCGCCCAGCACACGGCGCUCGUAUCGCACAUACGGGCAGUGCACGACAAACGUGAACAAUGAAGACUACAAAUUGAGUAACAGACUACAUGAAGAGUUAUACAAAAAAAAAAAAUAAGGAAUCUGUAUUUUGCAUUGAAGAUAAGUUGAGUUAAAAUCAAAUUAAGCACGAAUAUUGAAAACUACAAGUUGAAUAACAGACUACAUGUAGAGUGAAAGAAAAAAUAAUAAUACAGUACAGAUAAGGAAUCUGUAUUUUGCAUUGAAGACAUGUUAGUUAAAAUCAAAAUAAGCGUGAAUAUUGAAGACUAAAAAUUGAGUCAGAGACUACAUGUAUAGCAAUUUUAAAAUGGUAUCUAUAUUUAGUAUUAAAGACCACAUAUUGAGUUUAGAUCUGAAUUUAGAAUUACAUAAUUAAUUGACUGAAUUAGUUUUUAUAGUGAUUUUGUCUGCUAUUCAAACAAGCCAUGAAUAACAUUUAUUAUUUAUUUUUAUUUAAUUAUCAUUUUACAACAUAUUUUUAUGUUCUACAAAGUAUAAUUUAUUUAAUUUUUAAUGUUAAGAUUAAUUCACAACAUAGAAAAAUGAAUUUGUUUCUGUAUCCAAAAAUAUUUAUUUUUAUUUCGUAAGUCUUUAUUUUUAUAUUCAGAGGUAUUAAAAAAGACUACAAAUUGAGUUGAAAAGUACACAGCAUUAAUGGCAUAAUAUAGUAAGACUACAAGAAUCUGUACUGUAGCCUAAUAUAACUAAUGGAUUCAGCAGACGUUGCCCUGAACAAACCACAGUUUAAUUAAACUACUGUUCUUUUAAGAAACAACAGCGCCAUCAUUGGUUCUAAAAUUAUCCUAUGAUUCAAGCUACCCUUCGAUUUUUAAAAAUCACUUGGUACCAACCAUGUCCUGAUAAUUAGGAACACAGCAAAAAGUAUUCAUUCAAAUUUUAUAUUGGCAACACUGGUAAAAUAAUUUGUAUGUCAACAUUGUUAUAGUCCUGCCAAAAUGUAAGAAAUGUACACCUCGCUCGCAUUAUCGUACGGUUUUACUAUUACAAUUCUCCAAGAAUAUAACAAGCUAGUCGAGUUUUCAAGUGAUGUUUUGGCAUACAUAAUAUGGCAAUUGAUUUUUGACAUAAUAUAUGCUUUACAAACGAA